CACACACACCUGCUCCUGUGAGCAUCUUCACCACCUGUGCCUCGUUCACCCUAAUUACCUGUUGUAUUUAACCUCGUGUCUCAUUCCCUCUCGUUGCCAGUUCGUUGUACCUUGUCGUCGCGUUCCAGCAUUCCUUGUUUCCACGUCACAGACUCACAAAGAGAUGAAAUACUUCGAGUGGUUGAUGCUGGUGAUGAUUUGGAUGGUUCAUACUGAAGCGGAGGUUUGUCCCGACGCCUGCAAAUCCACCAAGAAGUCUGGGCAAGAAAAGACAGAGGUCAACUGUCAUAAGCGAGGUCUUCAUGUCUUUCCGUCCAAGCUGCCCUCAGAUGCUUGGAUCCUCAAACUUGAUUCUUCCUGCUGGAGCAUUCGGGCCAUUAAGCUCUCUGGAGUUGUUGGUUCUCGACAACAAUCUUCUGUCUACUCUGAGGCCCGCAAUGUUUGGUGGACUGGGUGUGUUGCAGGAACUCUACUUGAGGAACAACGAUCUGGACCACUUGCCAUCUGAUACAUUCAAGGACAUGCCUAGGCUUUCUCAGCUGGCUCUCAGUGGAAACCUCCUAAAGGCAAUGGAUGGAAACAUGUUGGCCCAAAUUCCUUCCUUGAAGAAGUUGCACCUGCAUAACAAUUCCUGGCUGUGUGACUGCAAUAUUGUUCACUUGGUGCAGUGGAUGAAACAAACAAAUGUAAGCCUGUCACCUCAGGAGGCCCUGAAGUGUGAGUCCUCUUGAGCUGAGAAAGAAGACCUUGCGCAGUCUCCAAGAAUCAAGCUGCUUUGCCAUUCAUAAAGCCAGAUAGGAAAGAAGGCUCUGACCCUUUUGAAAACCACUCCCCAACAAAAUGAUUCCGCCCCCCUGAGCCCCUAACUUUUGAGGAUGGAUAUUGAUAUUUCUGCAUUGCAGCUCGCACAAUGUUGCAUU